AUGUACGAAGGGAUUGACAACCUGAAAUCUCUUUACGACCGUGCCGGGAAGGCUUUCUCCGGCGGUCCUUCUGCGGCACAGGAUGUGCCGCGUCGUACUGCUCAACCAGACCCAGUACGUCGAUCAUCAGUUGGGAGCGGGGCUCCCAAGAAUCCCAGGACGGGGGAUAGCCGCGCCACCGGACGAGAUAACUCGUCCGACGUCCGUUCACGUCGCGGUGGUUCAACAGCUGCUCAACUAGAUAGCGCUGGCCACCGCGAGAGUCCUCUAAUGGAGGUGGAGGAGGAGGAAAGACGCUCUCCACACGAUCAUGUGGAUCGGUGUGUUCCCGAGAGCUUUUUGAUCGCGUAA